UACAACUGUCAAAUGUGAAAUAAUACUGUUUUUCUAAAUACAGAAAAAUAAUUUUAAUUUUAUUUUUGAAAAUUUUUUUGUUUUUUACUAUUUGCUUUAUAACUAGAUUGACGAGCCAUGGACUCGCCAUUACCUACAGAAGAUAUAAGCCUUUAUAAUAGUGCUCUAGAAAACUUUACAUUAUCUUCUAUUGAUACUGAAGAAUAUACGAAUAAUAAUACCACCAAUGGUUUAACCACCGAUUUUGCUGACUUAACUUUGAAUGGAAAUGAUGAUGAUAAUACUAUGGAUUUGAAUACAAGCUCAACAACAAAUUCAUUGCAAUUAUCUGAUAGUUCUGACUGUUUAGAGGUGGAUCCAAAGUCGCAAUUAGCUAAUAAGACAAUAUUUAAAACUGAUAAUCCGAAUUUGUCAAUUAUUGAAAUAAGUGAUACAUCUACAAAAGAGGAAGAGAAUUCUGUAUAUCUUAUUGAAUCUGAUGGUGAUGAUGAACAUAUAAAAAAGGUUAAUGCUUUACUACAUUCCAGUAAACAGAAAUUGAAUAUAUCUAGUGAAAAUUCUAAUUCAAGUAAAAAAAGUGAAAUAAAAGCUACAAAUAGUAGUAAUGUUGGUCCAAAGUUAGUAAAACAAAAAAAUAUCGAAGAAAUAACGAGAAAUCCUGCAUCACAAAGGCAAAUUAAAAUAUAUGAAACAAUUGAGGAAUUCGAAAAAAAUUUGCCUCAAACGGUAACAGUUUUGACUACACAAUGUGGAAGUAAAGUAUAUUUGGUUGGAACGGCACAUUUUAGUGAAGAAUCACAAGACGAUGUUUCAUUUGUAAUUCGAAAUGUCCGGCCUGAUAUUGUUAUGGUUGAAUUGUGUCCCUCUCGAAUCCACAUUUUAAAGCACGAUGAGAAGACACUUUUAGAAGAAGCAAAAAAUUUUAAUAUGGCAACGAUACGCAGUAUUAUUAACACGAAUGGUGUCGUAAAUGGCAUAUUUUUCAUAUUAUUGCUUCAUAUGAGUGCACAAUUGGCCAAGGAACUGGGAAUGGCACCCGGAGGUGAGUUUAGGCGCGCUUUUGACGAAGUAGUGAAAAUUCCUGGAUGUAUGUUACAUUUAGGUGACCGUCCAAUUAACAUAACACUUCAAAGAGCCCUGCGAGCACUUUCUUUAUGGCAAACAAUAAAAUUAGUUUGGCGUUUAACAUCUACUGAAAAUAUAAGUAUUGAAGAGGUUGAAGAAUGUAAGCAACGUGAUUUGCUUGAAAAACUCAUGCAAGAAAUGGCUGGCGAAUUCCCGGCGUUUAGCGAUGUGUUUGUUAAAGAACGUGAUUUGUAUUUAUGUCAUUCCCUACAAGUAGCCGCUUCACCCCAACUUACUAAUGGUGUACCAAGGCCAGUCAAAGUUGUUGGAGUUGUUGGCAUUGGACACGCGGCUGGUAUUGCACGAAACUGGGAACAGGUUGAUCCUAACGCAAUACCAGAUAUAUUAAAGAUUCCUCCAGCUAAAUUAAGUACAAGAAUUUUUAAAUAUACCAUUAAAUAUGGUUUUAUAUGUUGUUUUGCUUAUGGAAUAUAUAAAUUUGCUCGUCCGAAAUUGGUUAAAUAUUUCUAAUGUAAGGCCGCUUUCCAAAACUAAGGCGGGCAUAUUCCACAUCACAUAUUAUUGAAAAUGUAAAUAUGUAACAAUAAAUUAUUUACUGUAAUACUUAUAUUACUUAUACAUUAUACUGUAAAAAUUUCAUGUUGAGAAGACGAUUGUUUAACUUUUGAGACAACUAUUUAAAAAUAAAUCUAUUUUGUUUAAAUCAAUGAUCUAAACAAAGUAGAAUGAACAAAUUUCGUUUAAAUUAAACUUAGAUUUGUAAAUUAAACAUUGUGAAAAUGUCGUAAAUAAAAAAAACCACAUGUUAUUUGAA